AUGGGCGAGGACGGCAUAAAACUGCUUCAUCAGAGGCUGGCCGAACGAACCAGCGAACAUAAAGCAACGCGAGAAGCAGCCCUAGAGAGCAAAUUUCGUAAGCUGCCUGCUCCACUGUCAUCCAAGAACGACAAACUGGUGCACAACUUGUCGUCAAAGGAGCUGACGGAGGAACAAAUGCAAGUUUUACGGCAUGAGGCCUCAUUCAACACAGCCGAUGCCAAACCUGCCAACAUGAUCGCAGCAGUGGAAUCAAUUCUCAACCAGACGGGAGCGACAGACGAAACAAAGAACCUCAUAAGACACCAAGUGUCCUCCCUCCUCAUGGCUCAUAGGCCGCGCGAUGUGCUUUCCAAGGUCGAGCGCGAUGCACUUGAGGAACUCAGGGCCGAUAACGACCUCGUUAUCGUGCCUGCGGACAAGCGGCUUUCAACGGUCGUAUUGGAUAGGACAGACUACAAUCAAAAAGCCAAAAGCUUGUUGGAGGAUCGUCAGUCAUAUGUCCAUGCGAAUCCAACCCCAUGA